UCUGUUCGUCGCUCUGUUCUUUCUGAUCUCGCUUAUGGGGUUAAGUGGAAGGCUUUAGGCUUUGGUGGUGCUUAUUACACGCAAAUUCUCCGGCCAUGCGGCACCACGGCGCUCAGCUGGCACUUCGCUUCGCUCGCCGAACCCUUCAAUCAAGCCUCUUUGGCGAAUUGCCUGCCGCCGCAUUUAACCGUUCAGGGCGAUGGUCCUCUGCUGGGAUAUGUACCUCGUCAAGGGUUCUCGGUGAUUUGAAUUGGCUGACAGAUGAGUGGGUGAGUGGCCGUUGCAGUGGAAAUAUUCCAGGGAAGUGCUGUCAAAAGAGGUUUUUCCAUGGAACAAAAGUAAUGUCGGUGAGAGAUUAUUAUGAUGUUCUUGGAGUGAGUAAAAAUGCAACUGCUUCAGAUAUCAAGAAGGCAUACUAUGCGAUUGCGAAAAAGCUUCAUCCUGAUACAAAUAAAGAUGAUCCUGAUGCUGAUAGCAAGUUUCAAGAAGUUCAACGUGCUUAUGAGGUCCUAAAGGAUGAUGAAAAGAGAUCUAUUUAUGACCAGGUUGGUCCUGAUGCCUUCGAGCAAGCUGCAUCAGGUGGUGGUCCUGGAUUUGGGAGCCCGUUUGAUGAUUUCUUCUCUCAUGGUGACAUGAAUGAUAUCUUUAAAAGCAUGUUCAGAGAUGGCGAGUUCAGUGGAGAAGAUGUAAAGGUUUCUCUUGAAAUAUCAUUCAUGGAAGCUAUCCAAGGGUGCACCAAAACAUUGUCAUUUCAAACUUCGCUUACUUGUGAAGCUUGUGGUGGGAGUGGUGUGCCGUCUGGAACCAAGCCUGAAACUUGUCGAGCAUGCCGAGGCUCAGGAUCUAUAUUCAUGCAAAAUGGGCCUUUUAGGAUGAUGUCAACCUGUUCGAUUUGUGGUGGUUCUGGGAAAAUGAUGAAGAAUCUCUGCCGAACAUGCAAAGGCCAGAAAGUUGUAAAAGGCACAAAAUCAGUCAAACUGGACAUCAUGCCCGGGGUUGAUGAUAAUGAUACAAUAAAAGUUUAUGGAAGUGGUGGUGCAGAUCCUGACCGAAAUAAGCCUCUUGAUCUUUAUGUCACUAUAAAGGUCCGGCAAGAUCCAGUUCUCAGGAGAGAGAAGUCUGAUAUACAUGUGGAUGCUGUUCUAAAUGUCACUCAGGCUAUAUUGGGAGGUACUGUUAAUGUCCCAUCCCUUACUGGAGAAGUUGUUCUUAAGGUUCGGCCAGGAACUCAACCAGGUCAAAAGGUUAUUUUAAAAGGGAAAGGCAUAAAGACAAGGAAUUCUGCUUUCUAUGGAAACCAAUACGUUCAUUUCAACGUUACAAUACCAUCAAACCUGACUGAGAGGCAGCGUGCUCUAAUUGAGGAGUUUGCCAAAGAGGAACACACAGAAGAUGAUAAGGUUGCUGUAGCUGCUGCAUCCUCAAGAUGAGUUCUUUCCACAUAUACAUGUAUAUGUAAGUCAUAAUUAUGGGAUAUUUAUUGUAGCAAUUUAGCAUUAUAUUUGUCUUUUCCUUCAAAAGCUUACUUGCUACAUUUUGUAGCCAUUUUUUUUUCCAUUAAAAAUGUUAUUAAACUAAGGCCUUCAAAGUUGCCUUUGUGACUUGUACAUAUAGGCUAAAUUAGGCUGGUAGAAAUUUGUGAAGGCCUUAGAGAUGGAAUUUGGAUUUAUAAAAUCUUCUUUCUUUAAA